AGUCGUGAGCGAACAGUCGCCGUGGUGAGAGGGGGCUGUGCUGUGGAGGGAGAGAAGUGCUUACACCGUGAGAUCGCGAAAGUGACAGUUUUGGCGAAUAUGCGAAUCAUGGAUUGAUUUGGAGCACCCCACCAUGGAUAUGGAUUUUCUGGGCGAUGAUUCCGCCCUACAGGCGAUACUUGGGAGAAGCGAUCUCGUAUCGGGCAUCGAUAACGAGGGGUUAGACUUCAGUCAACUGGAGAGCUACAUCAACGAAAACAUCGACGAUGGACCCCCUGAGUUCGCCGAUAGCCUGUCCGGGCCGGACACCACAAAAUAUGACCAGGAGCCGGGCGGACAGCAGCGGACAGGGAUGCCGACUGGUUUCCUCUCCUGCAAGACGGGCACCUCACAACCUCACCUGCCGGACAGUCCACCGGACUCUGGCUCCGAGCCGCCGUUCUCACCUCAGGACCAUCCGUCUCAGCUGCACUCACCACACCAGAAGCCGAUGCCGGGUCACCUGACGGAUAUGUCGGAGAGCCAGCGCUCGUUCCUGAUGGGUGGAGGAGGCGGUCGCGCCCCUCCCCCGCCCCCCGUCCAGCAGUACCCGGGCGGUCAGACGCAGCUGAACACCGCUGGAAUGACGGCUCAGAUGGCCAUGUCAGCCGCGCUGGGUCAGAUGCCGCUGCCACAGUACGGACAGCAGAUGCCCCAGAUGACGCCCGCCCAGAUGACGCCCGCCUACUCCCCUCCCGCCCAGACGCCUCAGCCGGCAGCGCCCACUAAGAAGCGGAAACUGUCCGCCUCGGAGCUACUGACCAUGCCGAUCAAACAGGAGCCAGCAGGCUCUCAGGGAGCGUCUCCGCCCAGCCACCCGCCGCCGCUGCCGCCCAUCGUCACUCAGCCCACCAUGGACGACGACGACUACACGUUCGACAUGUCCUGCAGCAACGACGCCACCAGCUUCAUGGACCCGGCCUACCAGUGCAUCCGCUUCACGGCCUUCCAGCAGAACCUCUGGCACCAGACCUGCGACGCCAACCUCAAGGAACUGCAAACGCCCUACUUCAAGGUCGACGCUGACAAAGGCUUUAAUUACUCCAACUCGGACGAGGCGUUCGUUUGUCAGAAGAAGAACCAUUUCCAGAUCACGUGUCACAUUCACCAGGCCGGCAGCCGGCCGCACUACGUCAAAACGGCAGACGGCCUGAAAAAGAUCGACGCAUUCGUUGUCAACUUCUUCGGAGUCAAAACGGAGAGCCCGAACCAGUGUAUCAAAGUGGAACAGAGCCAGAGCGAUCGCACCAAACGCUGCUAUAAACCGGUUGUCGUGGAACUCAACCCAGAACAGACGGUCAAAAUCACCGUCGGGCGUCUGCACUUCUCCGAGACAACCACCAACAACAUGCGCAAGAAGGGCAAGCCGAACCCGGACCAGCGUUUUUUCUUCCUGGUGGUUAGCCUGCAGGCGGCGGUCGGAGAGAGUCGCCAUCCGCUCGUGCAGUACGCCACAGAGCGCAUCAUUGUCCGGGCGUCGAACCCGGGUCAGUUCGAGUCAGACGUGGAGCUUUGCUGGCAGAAGGGACAGACCCAGGACUCCACCUACCACGUGGGAAGGGUGGGGAUCAACACCGACAAGCCGGACGAGGCGCUCGUGGUGCACGGUAACCUCAAACUGACCGGUCACGUGAUGAACCCCAGCGACCGCCGUGUCAAGGACGAUAUUGAGGAGCUGGACACCAAGGAGCAGCUGAGUAACGUGCAGAAGCUGCGCGUGGUCAAGUACAACUACGUGGACGAGUUCGCCGAUAGCGUGGGUCUGGAGGACGCAGCCGACACCGGGGUGAUAGCCCAGGAGGUGCAGCGUAUCCUGCCGGACGCCGUCCGACCCGCCGGAGAUGUCACUCUGCCCAGCGGGAAGAAGGUCGACAACUUCCUCGUGGUCAACAAGGAGCGCAUUUUCAUGGAGAACAUUGGCGCCGUGAAGGAGCUGUGUAAGGUGACUGGGACGCUGGAGAAUCGGAUCGAGGAGCUGGAGCGGAUGAACCGCCGGCUGGCCAAACUCAAACGGCACGGCAGCCUCAAAUCCACCAGCAGCAUAUCAACAGUGGCUAGUCGAGCGUCGAGUUAUUUAUCGUCAUGUCACUUCCACAAGCGGAAGGCGAAGCGUCCCACGAGUCUGCUGCAUAACCGCCUCGUGCAGGGCGGCGUCUGCGUUCUCGUUCUCGUCAUGCUCUUCUGUUUGAUAGCGAUGUCCACCCUUUACAUCAUGGAGUGGCAGAAGCACCAGGACCUCCUCUCCAACAUCACCUCGCCGUCCGCCCACUCUGACCCGACCUUGCUGCCGAACGGAACGCAACUCCCUCGUCCGAUACAGAUGACCAACACGAGCGACGGAGACGGCUUCCUGGAGCCGCUGCCGCCGCAGAGCCGGGUCUCGGAGGUGCCCUACUCGCUGGUGCCGGCGACCACGCGCGACCCCGCCGCCGCCGCCGCCCCCGCCGCUGCCCGAUAAGGAGGAUGUGACGGAGGUGGAGGCAGUGACGGUCCUGUCGCCGCUGGACGGUGAAGAUGGGACUCUGCCGACCGCUCCGCCGCCCCCGCCGGCGGAGAGGGAGCCGCCAGGCGCGCCGCCCACCGCCCCGCCGCCGCCGCCCCCGCCCCAGCAGCCGGACUCUGCCGACCGGAUCCACAACUCCAUCACUGCCGUCAACUCAUCGGUAGCAGAGAACGACAGCGGCCCGGUCGCUCUGCCGGGCUCGGACAAAAUGGUGGCGACCGAGGCCGGAGUGAGCUCCACAACCUCCGCAACAACCACCACAACGUCACCAUCACCAACGACAACUACAACAACAACAAAGGCCACAACGGCGUCGCCCGAGCCGCCGGCACCGUCUGUGACCUCUCUCGAUACCGAGCUUUCGCCCCCUGCCAUCAGAGUUACCACAGAACGGCCAGACUCCGAUCAUCAGGAGGAAGCUAACGGUACGAGCACGGUGGCACCUUCUGAGCCGGAGGUGGUGGUUGUGGAGGCGGUCGGCAGGCGCGAGGAGACGGGAGAGACACAGGAGACGGUUGGAGGACGGGAGGAGACGGGAGAGAGGAGGGAGGAGACAGUCGGGAGACGCGAGAAAGUAUCCGGCAGACGGGCGGAGACCAGUGCAGCCGAUGAAGCUAGCCUUAGAGGCGCCGAGGAAGCCGCGAACGGUAUUGAAGGACCUGGCCCGAACCUGGCUGACGACUAUGAGCCUUCUCUGAAAGACUUUAUGACCGCAGAGGCUAGUUCGACUACAACCGCCGCAACCACCACCACGUCGACAACCAGGUCAACCACCACUACCACCACGGAACCAUCCAGCUCAUCCAGCACUCCCGUAGCAGCUCCUGCCACUACCUCUACCGCCACUACCGCCCCGACCACUGCCCCAGCUCCAGAAACUCCUACCUCCACCCCUGCUCCGACCGCGGCCCCGAGCACAGAGUCUGAGCCGAGCUCCACCACCGAGAGGGAAGAGGAGACCACCGCCUGGGAUGACGACGAUCUAGAGACGGAGACGGAGACGGAGACGAACAGCCUGCUGCCGCCCGUUAUCGGAGCGGACGAGAGCUGCCGAUCCGGCCGACGGCGACGUUGCGAGGUCAUCUGUUGCGCGUCGCGUCUGUCUGAGACGGACCGCAGUCAGCUGCUGCCGCGCGGCGGACACAACGAGAGCGACUCUGACACUGAUGAUGAUGACGAUGAUGAUGACGGAGACCGUGACGACAGCGACGCCAGGCUGGAUCCGUCGUCCAGCCUGUCUGACGUCCAGGAGAACCAGAUCGGCCACUCGGCCACCAGUAUGGACGGCUCGCCGGGCGGCAAGCGCGACCCGUCCUCUUUCCCCAGUGAAGAGGAGGUGCGGGCGCGAGCCGCCGCACAGCCGCGCUUCACAGGCACGCGCCGGCUCAGGUACCCGGGAGGACACGGUGACGUCACGAUGGCCAACGACGCGCUCAGCGGCACCCUCAACGACUGGUCCAAGAGGAAGGUGGAAAAGAAGACGACGCCCUCGGUGCGCGACUGGCGCCGCCGGAGGCCGGUGGUGCGCCGACACCACCGCACUAGCCGCGCUACCGCGCCAGGCUUCGGAUACGUGGAGACGAUUCGUCUGAGGGAGUACCCGGAAAUCAACAUAGACGCCCGCUAUUGCGCGCCGGACCCGCUCAACUUCAACUGCGUCAACAACGUGGGCGGCAACUUCACCUUCUACAUCCCCGUGUCGCGCCACAUGACCAACCAGAUGCUGCACCUCGAGCUCUCGUACGCGGAGCCUGUGGCGCCGGCGCCGGUCCAGUGCCGCAGUCAGCUACCGGCGCUACCCCAGGCCUGCGUGGGCCAGGCUCCCGGCGACCUGCGCCGGCGGCUCCAGCAGCCGCUGCGCAGUGGAAGCGUGGCUGGACAGCCCGUGUUCGUGGUACCUCUGGAUGCCGGUCGCUGGCGGCAGAGGACGUACACCCUACGCAUCGCCGCCAAGUACUUCCCCGACCUGAACCCCUGUCGCGUCUCGAGCACAUUCAUCAAGUCACACUUCUUCGAGUACAACUUCAUCUUCGAGCGUCAGUGCUCCGAGUAGACCACUAGAGGCGACGGUAGCGCCAUCUGAAGCGACAGUAGCGCCAUCUGAAGCCCCGCGCCGCGCGCCGACCUCCUACGGGUCGCCCUGACGCGCGCGCGGGCACACACACACUAUACAGACAAUUGUGGCGGCGAGAGACUGGAAGGCCUCUAUAUGACCUACGUGGGUCACUGAGCGCUGUUGCGCCCGCCGGCCGCAGCAGGAGCUCGGGCCUCGUCCGAGAGAACGACGCCGGCCGCGGAGAGUGUAAAUAAUAUCGGGUGGAACUGUGAGUGUCUGAGUGAGCGUAUGGAGCCGGAAUCGCACCCGGCAAGAAGUGUACCUUAUUGGGAACGAAGCAAUAUUUAUUCUUAAAGUAGGGAUAAAGUGUACAAGCAAUAAUGACAGACGGCCCGGGCCCAGCCGCACGCGGCGCUGGGCCGCGUGUGGCCGAGAGCGACUCGCCGUACCCUGCCGGAGGGUGGGUUUGCGAGCGAUGGGUCCGAGUGGCGGGGACGCUCGGAAAUCCGCCGUUAGAUGUCGUGCCGAGCUCGGCGGAGGCAUGCUGAGGGCCCGCCCGUGCCUCGGGCCGGUCGAGUCGAGUGUUUGGUGAUAUGUGGAUGUCUGGUGGUGCCCUGUGUAUGAAUCGACGACUCUGUGUACUUGUUGAUGUGUCCGUGUCGAGAGCGGCGGGCGGCUGGGUGGGCAGAGGGGCUCGUGGGACCCGUCGCGGCGGCCGCCCAUUCACUGUCGGUAGUCACCCAUUCUUGAGGCCUUCAUCUCGUGCCUGUAUUUCCACGGUGCCUGUAAUUCCACGGUGCCUCACGUCUGCUCCGUCCCAUAGAUGAUUCCGGUACGUUCAGACAAUGCCGUUACUUUGUUGCCAUAGUCAUCGUGUGCCAUGCGACUCGCGGCCGGCCGACGCGCAGCGCCACCUAUGUGCUGUUGUAGGUGGCGCUGCGGUGUCACUUCUGUCCAUUACAGGUGGCGCCCAUGUCGUGUUGCCGGCUGUUGUAAAUAGUCCCGAUAGCAGAGGAGCCCGAGUGCCGGUACGAACGAGCCAACACUGCUCGCGUGAUGCCAGCACUACUCUUUGACCGGGCUCUUGUGCCGAGUGGCCAUCUGCGUGGCGUUUGUUAACAUUCCACUUCAAAUUUAUUGAAGACAGAUCCUAUAAUUACAAAUUGAGACAUUCUCCAAUGGACUGCAUAUUAUACAAAAUCACUUAUUUUUAGCCGCUUUUCGGCCCGUCGUUGUUUUGCUGGUGUUAUCAAUUUUAAGGGACUUAAAAUGAUCUCAUGGCAAUAGAGAUUUGGUGAUUGUUGUGUUUUAAACUUAGCGUUGCCCAUGUGUGUGCUUGUAGUUGCGACUUUAGUCCAUGUGUGUGAUAUAUUUUAGGCAUUUUAGGAGGAAAGAUACGCAGCACGAGCGCCGCUCAGCUCUUCUUGUAGGAUAUUCUUCUGCUUACAUGGAUACAUUAUCUCCAUAGAGCUCUGAGAGUAGAUCGGAUCUGAACAUUAGCUGUAUAAGUGGUCGGGCUACGUCGGGUUGAUUAAUACUUUGUAGUCAACUACAUGUCUGCGCUUAAAAUAAAACGAUCAAAUACUUC